CAUUGGAUCAUCAACAGCAGCCUCUAGAGUCUCAACAGCAGCGAAUUCACGCCAAUUCCCUCAGCGAUUUCCUCAGUUUUCUGAAAAGCCUGUUGCAAGUGACCGCGAUGUGGAACUUUCACUGCCGGGAUCUGCAACCGCUUCUCGCAAACUUUGCGAACUCCCUGUGUUCCGAGGAAAUGCGCUUUGCGUGAUGAUUGAUCAACCACUUGAGAUUUACCAUCUGUCUCGUCCUAGGGACUCAAUGCCUUCAAUCCAACCUCACGUUUCAAGUCUUGCGCUUUUGGAUGGUGAAAGAGGCGUAGAAGGCGAGGCUAAUUAUCAUGUUCCUGAUAAUCCGGGAUGCGUCGGCUCAGCAUUUUCCAAGUGGUAAGGUCGUCGAGGAUUUAAAGAGCCCGAGCAAGCUCCAACGCGACUCGUCCUUAACCAUACAUGGCCCAACAGAGGUAAGCAAAGCCAUGUCCACUCGGUGUCUAUCUUUGUAAACAAAAGUUCCAGAGUGGCGUUGCCGAUUCCGACACGACAUAAUUCACGAAAUGCGGCUUGUCAUGGUAAGAUUCAGGCAACAGCUAAGGAGCAGGUGACGAGUGUCACCAGCGCGUGCCCAGGUACGUGGUUACGAGCCAGACAUAAGUGGGGAAAAACGUGGUAACCCAUUGUAAUGCAGCCCUGUGUUGCUUGCUAGAAUCGGGUUGCACAGAUGGUUGGGUGAAUGGAAGUUACCGCGGUAUGGGCCGCUAACAGGGCGGUUGAGAUGCGUUGUCGGAUGGUGAAGAACUGCAGAUGGUUUGGUGGGGGGAGGAACUCUGAAGGGGAUGUAGGGCUGAACCCCGAACAGGGUAUUUCGAUAACAGGACAGGACCGGGAACAUUGUCGGCAUAUCAAAAUGCGUUUACCAUGUCUAACCAAGCAUUAUAUCCAAUGAGGUUAUCAAAAUGUUACAUCAUGUCCAAGUGCCCAUGAAAGUAAGGAUGC